CGCCGGGUCACGAUGAGUAACGCAUUUACACAUCGCCGUACACGGGACAUAAUGCCGUUAAAUGUUUCCCGUAACACACAAAUCGCCUUGUUUACACGCUCAUGGAUGAGUAAAUAACCAAUCAACGCUUUGUUUGUGGCUGCGCCUAGAAUCGGUCACCUUACAAGUUAUCUACUGGAUUAUGCAAACAUCCCAACUAUCUGUCUCACUCGCUAGGUGCAUAUUAAUACAGACGUAUGGCUGUGAGGAGAAUGAUGACAUCGCCAUGUUGACACUAUGGCGUCCUACGAAACGAUGGCCGAGACUAAUCUACCUGCUAGCUCUGUUUGUCUCCGUCUGUCUCAACAUAUCCCUCUUCCUGGUCAAGGUCACUCAACGCGUCAGCGAUGCAAACCACCAUUCUUCAUACGAAUACACACACGGUCACAACCAGCAGCCUCGGUCUUCUGCAAGACAGACUCUGAUCGUUUCAUACAUGCGCAGUGGGUCAACUUUAACAGGGGACAUUUUGCAGCAACACCGAGAUGUGUUUUACGUGUUCGAGCCGCUGUUCACCGUCGAUCGACUUGUCAAAUACUACUUGCCGGCCGUUUAUCUCGACAAACCUUCACGUUUAAAGCGUCUAGAAGCGUCUCCGUUGGUGAGCACUAUUGAAGAUGUGUUGAGGUGCAAGUUCGCAGACAUGGACGUGCUCACACUGCAUCAACACCACAUGGACAAGAGCCACUCCACCAGGGACUACCUCAAGUGCGCGCAGAACAGCACACUCUUACACUUCCACAAGAUGUGUCUCAGCGACCUGGUAUCCAGGUGCCUCGGUUCGAAACACGUCGUUGUCAAAUCCAUUCGCAUGGACAUGAGUAUGACCGGGCAACUUCUGAAACAGUUACCCAACCUCAAGGUCAUUCAUCUGAUCCGCGACCCGCGUGCCACGAUCUUGUCACGUGUUCAACUAGGUCUGGCUCAGAUGAAAAUCCUAAAUUUAAACAUUGACGUCAUGAAGCAGCAAGCACAGAAAUCUCCCCAGCAUUGCGACCAAGUGAAAAACGACUUGGAUGAAGCAUACCGGCUGAGAAAGGAAUUUCCCGGAAGGGUAGCCAUUUUACUUUACGAAAAGAUCGUCCAAUCUCCCGUGAGUAUGGCAGAGCAGCUGUAUAAAUUCCUAGGGAUGAAAAUAACCAAGGAGAUCAAGCAGUAUGUCUUUAACAUUACAAAUGGCGGAAUGGCGGACACGUGUGCCGUCUGUACAAUCCGCAAAAACGCCAGCGUUACCGCUUUCAAAUGGCGGACGCAGAUCAGUCUACCGAUAGCACAGAUGAUCGAUCGCGCAUGCGCCAAUGUGUACUCGGAUCUGGGUUACGUUCCAAUCUCAGCAGAAUCCCAGAUCCUGAACGAAUCAUUCCUGACAUGGAGAGAGAGGUAUGUGCCAGGGAUGUUAACAAACGUGCACGCAUCCCUCUCAAACGCCGCAUUUCAAAUCUAUUCUAUAUGAAACACUGUAUUUAGUUGAGGGAGUUAGUUUUUAACAGAUCCAUAACCCAAGGAGAGAGGUGGGAUUACGAGAGGUCCAAACGCGCCAAUUCGGGUCGAAAGUCUUUCACUAGACAGAGCCACUGAGAGCUAAGGUGCCCCUUAGCUAUACAUACACCCAGAAAGUUCCACAGAACUGGGAAGAUGAGGUUUUUGGAUUCUACCCAUCCCCACUCGAUUAUGUCCGGACUAACAGCUAACCUGUCCUCUUGAACGUGGUGAUGGAUAAUCAGAGGGUAAUCUUGUAAGAUUACUGAACAAUGAACAUUUUCAUUAGCAUCGUAUCAUAUGCUGUAACAUCAUUCUAUUCAUUCCGUGUCCAUUCUGAUUAAAUCUUGAAAAUGG